AAUUUAUUCUAAAAUAGCGAAGUAUUUCAACCUACUGCAAUAGGAAAAUUCUAGCAAUUUUUGAAAAUUUCAUUGUUUUUAGUAUCUAAUUGCAUAUUAUAAGGGACUAUUUGCUCUGACAACGCUGCUUAGUGUAUUUUGACAUGAUUUUGAUCAAUUUUGACGUUAAGUAUAACCUAAAAAGUCUAGCGGUAUGUGGUGGCACUGCCCACCGUAGACUUGUAUGUAUCUUUGUUAUCUAACAAAUUUCUCUAUUUUUUUUUAAAUAUUGCCUUUCCUUAUAAAAGCUAACCAUUUUAAGAAUAUUUUCAAAUUAGGAUACUGUGAAAUAACCGCAGCUCGCAAAAAUGCCAGCUGUUCGAGGUGAUGGAAUGCGAGGUUUGGCUGUUUUCAUAUCCGAUAUUAGAAACUGUAAAAGUAAAGAAGCUGAAGUAAAACGGAUUAAUAAGGAAUUGGCAAAUAUUCGAAGUAAGUUCAAAGGCGAUAAAACACUUGACGGUUACCAAAAGAAGAAGUAUGUGUGUAAAUUAUUAUUCAUUUUCUUACUUGGACAUGAUAUUGACUUUGGACACAUGGAAGCCGUAAACCUAUUAUCAUCAAACAAAUACUCUGAAAAACAGAUCGGUUAUCUUUUUAUAUCUGUACUAGUUAAUACUAACAGUGAACUUAUAAAACUAAUAAUACAGAGUAUUAAGAAUGAUCUUGCUUCAAGAAAUCCCAUACAUGUUAAUCUUGCUUUACAGUGUAUUGCUAAUAUUGGUAGUCAGGAAAUGGCUGAAGCAUUCAGAAAUGAAAUACCGAAACUGUUAGUAUCUGGUGAUACAAUGGACGUGGUAAAGCAAAGUGCAGCAUUAUGUCUUCUUCGUUUGUUUCGUACAUCUCCAGAAAUUAUUCCUGGUGGAGAGUGGACAUCACGCAUUAUACACUUACUAAAUGACCAACAUUUAGGAGUAGUCACAGCUGCCACAAGUCUCAUUGAUGCUCUUGUCAAGAAAAACCCUGAAGAAUACAAGGGUUGUGUACCAUUGGCAGUUUCAAGAUUGAGUAGAAUAGUAACAUCAAGCUACACUGAUUUACAAGAUUACACUUAUUAUUUUGUGCCAGCUCCUUGGCUCUCAGUUAAAUUGUUGCGUUUGCUUCAAAAUUAUACUCCUCCAACAGAAGAUCCUGGGGUACGAGGCAGAUUAAAUGAAUGUUUGGAAACCAUUUUGAAUAAAGCACAAGAACCACCAAAAUCAAAAAAAGUGCAACACUCAAAUGCUAAAAAUGCUGUUUUAUUUGAAGCUAUUAAUCUCAUAAUUCAUAAUGAUAGUGAAGCUAAUUUAUUAGUUAGGGCUUGCAAUCAACUUGGCCAGUUUCUUAGUAAUCGAGAAACAAACUUGAGAUAUUUGGCAUUAGAAUCUAUGUGCCAUUUGGCAACUUCAGAAUUUUCACACGAAGCAGUUAAAAAACAUCAGGAAGUGGUGAUUCUUUCUAUGAAAAUGGAAAAGGAUGUUUCUGUACGACAGCAGGCAGUGGAUUUAUUAUAUGCUAUGUGUGAUAAAACCAAUGCAGAAGAAAUUGUACAAGAGAUGCUAAAUUAUCUUGAAACUGCCGAUUAUUCUAUAAGAGAGGAGAUGGUGCUGAAGGUAGCAAUUUUAGCAGAAAAAUAUGCCACUGAUUUCACAUGGUAUGUUGAUGUAAUUUUAAAUUUAAUAAGAAUAGCUGGAGACUAUGUGUCUGAAGAAGUGUGGUAUCGAGUAAUUCAGAUAGUCAUCAACAGAGAUGAAGUACAAGGUUAUGCUGCAAAAACUGUAUUUGAAGCAUUACAAGCCCCUGCUUGUCAUGAAAAUAUGGUAAAAGUGGGAGGAUAUAUACUUGGAGAGUUUGGGAAUCUCAUAGCUGGCGAUCAGAGAUCUUCUCCUCAAGUUCAGUUUCAACUCCUUCAUUCGAAGUAUCAUCUUUGCUCACCAAUGACUCGUGCUCUACUCCUCUCUACGUAUAUAAAAUUUAUUAAUCUUUUUCCGGAAAUUCGUACACAGAUACAAGAAGUUUUUAAACAAGACAGCAAUCUCAGAUCGGCUGAUGCAGAGCUUCAACAAAGAGCAUCAGAAUAUUUACAGUUAAGUAUUAUUGCUAGUACUGAUGUGCUUGCAACGGUUCUCGAAGAAAUGCCAGCAUUUCCUGAACGGGAAAGUUCCAUAUUAGCUGUUUUGAAGAAAAAGAAACCAGGUAGAGUACCUGAAAGUGAAAUUAAAGAAGGAAAAAGCCCUACACCUGCCUCAAACCAUAAUAAUGGAGUUAACACAGUCAACACAGCUCAAGAUUUACUUGGACUUUCGACACCUCCUACUUCACAACCUUCGGGAAAUACCGGAGUUCUCUUGGAUGUAUUGGGUGACGUAUACAACAAUAAGCCAAAUACCAUAAAUUCUCUGCAAGAUCUUACUGCACAUAAUCCUAAGAAAUUUGUUUGUAAAAAUAACGGUGUUCUUUUCGAAAACGACCUCAUACAGAUUGGUGUCAAAAGCGAAUUUCGACAAAAUCUUGGGCGCCUUGGUUUGUUUUACGGUAACAAAACAGCUUCCCCUCUACAGAACUUUUUACCUUCACUGGUUUGGUCAGAAGAACACUCGGUAAAAUUAAAUGUUCAAAUGAAACCAGUUGAAUCUGUUUUAGAAGCUGGAGCACAAAUUCAACAAACGAUAAAUGCUGAAUGCAUCGAUGAUUAUAUAGAUUCUCCAAGUGUAAUUGUAGCAUUUGUAUACAAUAACGUUCCUCAAAAAAUAACAAUAAAACUCCCAUUAACGCUAAAUAAAUUUUUCGAGCCGACAGAAAUGAACGGAGAAUCAUUCUUUGCUAGAUGGAAGAAUUUAGCAAAUGUUAAUCAACAAAAAUCUCAAAAAAUCUUUAAAGCAACUACCCCAAUGGAUGUUCAAACGGCUAGACAAAAAUUAAUUGGUUUUGGCAUGCAGCUUUUAGAUGGGAUUGAUCCCAAUCCCGAUAAUUUUGUGUGUGCCGGUAUUAUUCAUAUGCGUACUCAACAAGUUGGCUGCUUACUUCGCCUGGAACCAAAUAGGAACGCCCAGAUGUACAGGCUCACUGUUCGUUCUAGUAAAGAAAGCGUCUCUGUAGAAGUAUGCAAUCUGUUGAGUGAUCAAUUUUAAAAGUGUGUAUGUGAGAAUGUAGUAAUAUAAAAAAGAUGCAUUCCAUUCUGGUAGAAUUCUAUUUUUUUUUUCGUUUACCAAUGUCCUUCUUAUGAAUGUAGUUUCACUUCCAACAUUACUAUUGUAGUUGUAAGCAUGAAAUAAAAAUGGUAAGUUUGUUAUCAUGUCAAAUAUGUAAUUGUGAAUAAACAAAAUAUCGUAGUAAUAGGUAUAAAAUAAAUGAAUUAUGUUAAAUUACCCGACAAUAUAUGAUAAUGAUAAUUUGUUUGUAAUGUAAACACUUUAAGUUAAUUGUGUUUGUUGUACAUGUAAAAAAGAGGUAUACAAUUAUUAUUUUCUUUAAUUGAUGUGAUAAGAGAUAUUAAAUGGUCUCUUGAUAUUGUUGAAGUAAUUAUGCUUAAAAAUCUGUUUAUUUAUAUGUUAGCUUUGAUCAUGACAGUUGUCAAAACCACUUGACUUUCAAUAAAAGUGCAUCAAUGGUGUUCA